CGAACAGGGACUACAUUUCCCGAGGGGCCUCGGUGGCGACGGCGGCGGCGGCGCGGUAGCGUCCCCCGGAAGUGGAGCCCGGGACUUCCACUCGUGCGUGAGGCGAGCGAAGCCUGAGACUAGACCAGAGGCCGAACUCGGGAUCUGACAAGAUGGCCGGGCUGCCCCGCAGGAUUAUCAAGGAAACCCAGCGUUUGCUGGCAGAACCAGUUCCCGGCAUUAAAGCAGAACCGGAUGAGAGCAACGCCCGUUAUUUCCAUGUGGUCAUUGCUGGUCCUCAGGAUUCCCCCUUUGAGGGAGGGACUUUUAAACUUGAACUAUUCCUUCCAGAAGAAUACCCGAUGGCAGCCCCUAAAGUACGUUUCAUGACCAAAAUUUAUCAUCCUAAUGUAGACAAGUUGGGAAGAAUAUGUUUAGAUAUUUUGAAAGAUAAAUGGUCCCCAGCACUGCAGAUCCGCACAGUUCUCCUAUCGAUCCAGGCUUUGUUAAGUGCUCCCAAUCCAGAUGAUCCAUUAGCAAAUGAUGUAGCGGAGCAGUGGAAGACCAACGAAGCCCAAGCCAUAGAAACAGCUAGAGCAUGGACUAGGCUAUAUGCCAUGAAUAAUAUUUAAAUUGAUCUGAUCGUCAAGUGUGCAUCACUUAUCCUGUUCUGCCAAGACUCUUCCUUUUUUGUUUGCAUUUAAUGGACACAGUCUUAGAAACAUUACAGAAUAAAAGCCCAGACAUCUUCAGUCCUUUGGUGAUUAAAUGCACAUUAGCAAAUCUAUGUCUUGUCCUGAUUCACUGUUGUAAAGCAUGAGCAGAGGCUAGAAGUAUCAUCUGGAUUGUUGUGAAAAGUUUAAAAGCAGUGGCCCCUCUCUGCUUUUAUUCAUUUCCCGCAUCAUGGUUUAAGUAUAAAGCACUGUGAAUGAAGGUAGUUGUCAGGGUUAGCUGCAGGGGUGUGGGUGUUUUUCUUUAUUUUUUGUUGGGGGUGGGUAGUUCUAAUUGUAAUGGGCUCCUGUCCCCCCCUUUAUGGUGAUCUAAUUGCAUUGGUUAAAAGCAGCUAACCAGUUCUUUAGAAUAUGCUCUCUAGCCAAGUCUAACUUUAUUUAGACGCUGUAGAUGGACAAGCUUGAUUGUUUGAACCAAAAUGGGAACAUUAAACAUCACAGCCCUCACUAAUAACAUUGUGACUUUGCUGUCAAGUGUAGAAUCCUCCCUUCAAGAAAAAGCUUGUGACCAUUUUGUAUGGCUUGUCUGGAAACUUCUGUAAAUCUUAUGUUUUAGUAAAAUAUUUUUUGUUAUUCUACUUUGCCUUUGUAUAGUUUAUUUUACUGUGUUGAUUCAUUUUAACAAUGUGACAAUCGUAUUUAAAGAUAAAACUGAUGGAACAUUCUGUUUUGGUCUUCACCAUCUGACAAAUUGAAUGGCAGGAGGUGGAUUCUGCCAGUUUCUUUUCACUGAUGCAAAUUUGUGUUAAGAUAUCACUGGAUGGAGUAUUUGUAAGCUGGCCCUGAGCAUGCAUCAGUAUCUGACAUAUUUUUACCUCCUAGAAAUUUGAAAUAAAUGUUUGUGCUGUCCGAUUAGUUAGAUGAUCAUUGGUGUCUUGACACAAUGUCUGAAAAUUACUGUACAGGAGGAGAGUCACAGCAAAGCAGCAGUUGUGACUUGACUUUGUGUAGGACUUUCACAUGUGCCACAUUUGUAUCUGGCAUUUGGGUUAUGACCUUUUUCUUGGUUCUUGUCUGAAAACUUCAUGUAUGACCAUUAGUAUGUGCUAUUAGGAAACACUUGGGGUUUGCUGAGGCAUGUGUGAGUCUUCCUUAUGGACCUGAUGAGCAUAUCUCAAGCAACCAGCUUGUGUGUCAUCAGAAAGAUUUCUUUCUUUGAGAGCAUCAGACCCUCAGUUAAUGGUUCUUACUUUCAUCCCUCUAGUAUUUUCUGUGGAACCUCCUUUUAUUUCAUUUGAUAUUCAGCAAUUUUUUCUGCAUUGACAGAGUUCCUUCCCUCCACCCAACUGUUCUUUGCUACCUUUUUCCAUAUAUAAUUCUUGAUUCUUGUUAUUUCAAAGUCAUCAGUGUAGCCAUCAUAAGUAUGUAAAUGUUAACCUGCAGGUUGGAACCUUUGUCUCGCAGGUUUUUUUUUCCUUGCAGUUUUUAAGGGAAUGAAUAUUGUAGCCCAUUUGAAUUUUCCCCAUUCUUCUCGUAACUUCUGGAGUUUCUUCAGAAUGUGGUGUAUUUUAUUGUGCUCCUAUGUAAGAUGAAGAGUUAUCUAUUAAAAUUACAUUUUCAAUAUAAAAAAGUUUUAAUGACUGGUAACUGGUAUCCUUCCCAAUAAAUUCAUUGCUUGGAAACAAAUGUUAGUUUAAUUCAGAAUGAAAUUGUUCAUAACCCUAAAUAUUGUAAACUAAAACCUGUUAACAGCAGUUGCCAUUUAUUACACUUACUGGGCUGUUUUAGAGAGUACCUUGGAGCUAAGGAAACAAUCUCAUUCUGGGGCCAAAAUGAAUGAACAUUCAAGCAGUUUAAGUAGAGAUCACCUUUAUUUAUUGCAGGUGGCACUGCUCAUGAUGAUACCUAAGUAUUACAUAGUGAUUUAUGUCAUAAAAUUUCCAGAUUUAAGUCUUUUGCAUUGCAAAAAUGCGUUUAAAAUACGACUCUAAUGCCUACUGAGUUCGAGUUAUAAAAGUACUGAAAUGGAAUAGUUGCUUUUUCAUUUCAAAUACAUGAAUUCCUAAUUUCAUGGCAUUAGGUUUUUUUCUUUUUAGAUUUUGUUAAGAGUCCUCAUUGUUUUGAUAGGACUUGCUUUCUCAACCAGUAGGUUGAAAUGAGCCAGUAUGUUCACUGAGCUUGCUUAGGAUUUAAGGGCCUGUGGGAGAGGCCAAGGUAGAGUUGGAAAACCGGCAGCUACAUCUGGCUUUUGGGCCAGUUUUCCUGGGCCCACACAGUGCAUUUGGUUAAAACAUUCUUAAUUCAAUGCCAACAUUUUAAAAGUUGGGCAAUUCACAUGAAAAUCCAGGAUUCUGGUAACUUGAAUGAUCUGAAGUCUGACACCAGUGGCCAUGACCCAUCUUUGUACAUGGCAUCUGCUGGGAGGGUAGCAGCCACCCUAAGGAGAGCUGUUACUCUCUUCUUACCCAGUGACUGCAGUUGGCUAGUCUCCCACCCAUCCUGCUCCAUUAUUGUAGUCCUGUUGCCUUGAAAGCCUUUGACUUUCUAAGCUUAAGGACACAGUUUAUUUGAUAAAUAAGUGUUUAAUAUGUUCCCAACACUGUACUACUUGUUGGGGGCAAUUAGGUAAAUGAGACUGGCCUGGGGUUUUCCCCUGUGGACCUUGCUAUCUAAUGGGGGAACAGGCAUGGACAAACACAACUCCUGUCACGGAGAAGGGAAGUAAGUACUUAGGAGAGGGGCUGCUCUUCUGGAUUUAAGCCAGAUGCACACCUCCAGGCAGGGGAAGAGAUGUGCAAAGCCCUGGGAGAGAGGGAAAGAAUCUGAAUAUACUGAUGGAUAUGUGGCUUCGUGAAAAUCGGCUUUGCCCACUCAGAGCUGAGUUUUUCGGAAAUUCUGACCUGUUAGGAGCUUUAUGUUUUCUAUUUGUUUUUUUAUUUUACUAUAGUCCACUUGGCUGUGAUGUGCUUCCGCAUUUGUUUAUCUUGGUCCUCUCAGAGACUGCCUAAUAAGAUCUUGGAUCUGGAAUAUGUAGAACUUAAGCCCUCAUCUAGAUAAAAAACAUACUUUAAUACAAAAUUUCAGAAGCAUUUGAGAUUAAAUACAGAUCUAUAUAUAAAAGGUAUAGGUGCUAUGUAUGGUCUAGCACUGUUAAAGAACAGUGCAGGGAAGGGAAUACAGUAUAGUACAAGACAAACUUCCUAGCUAAAUGGAACUAAAUGGUGUUAUGGGAAUGAUAGGAACUAGUUUUGUUUUUAUGUUUAAUGGUUCAAGAAUCUUUUUUGGCUAUUCUAGCCACAUCAGUUUUUUUGUUAGUUGCAGUAGAAUAGAGUCCUAUCUAGAAAAGCUAGCCAAAGAAGAUAAAAUGCCAUUAUAGGACAACAUCUAGUUCAUCAGUCUAUUUAAGAACAAUGUAAUAUUUCAUUGGAAUAAUGUAUUUUGGGGCUGGGGACAUUUCAUUUUAGCUAUUUAGCAUGCCGCUUAGUUUAAGGAAUUAUAUCAGGGGUUUAUUUUUUAAAUGAUUUCAUGAUCACAAAAGCAAAACAUGUUCAAUGUAAUAACUUGAAAUAUAAAGAAUAAAAAUCUGUAAUCUGCCA